UGUGUGUGUGUGUUCUGUAGGACUCGUGAUGCUGUGUGUUCUUCUGCUGGUUCUGCACUGGACGCUGGUCUCCUCGAGUUCGUUCACUAGUGCUGCCCUGCAGGAGGAUGGCACCAGGCCGUUCAUUCACCGCUGUCGAUCGCCCAACAUGGUGGACUUCAGCUGCUGGUGGCGCCCCGUCGAGGAGCAGGACAACAUCACCCACACGCUGCAGUACAGGACGGGCGGCGACGCCCCUCGGGACUGUCCCGACUACACCAGCAACGGCUCCAACAGCUGCUUCUUCGACAGCAAACACACGCAGAUCUGGCAGAUAUACUGCAUGACGGUGACGGCGCACACGACCUCGGGCCCGCGGACCUCGCCGAGACACUGUCUGGACGUGGCCGAUAUAGUGCAGGUCGACCCGCCCUUUAACCUUUCCUACAUCAUGCUGAACGAGAGCCACUGCGAGUCCUGCCGCUCCGUCACGCUGUCCUGGAUGUUCCCCAUCGCGGAUCUGGUGCGUGAGGGAUGGAUUACUCUGGUCUACGAGCUGCGCUACAGAAACCUCGCUCAGCCCGACACAUGGAAGGUGAAGGAGCGUUUGCAGGAGCCUCAUGUUGAUUUGUUGGGUCUGCCGGUGGGGAAGUACGAGCUCAUGGUCCGGUGCCGGUCCAGAAACAGCAAACACUGGAGCGUCUGGAGCGAGGCCAUCACCAUCAGCGUCAUCGGCAAAACCCUGUCCGAUCGCUUGUUGGUCUUCAUCCUGCUGACCAGCCUCAGCAUCAUGGUCUUCCUCAUCAUCGGGUUCGGGUUUAUUCCCCAAGGAAAGAGGUCAGUGAGAAUCAAAGCGUUCCUCUUACCGCCGAUCCCCAAACCGCACAUCCGUGGGCUGGAACCGGCGCUGCUGAAGAAUGGGAAGCUGGAGGAGAUCAAUCGUCAUUUCUCCAGUUUUCACGGCUAUAAGUCUCCUCAGUUCUCCAUCGAGACGUGGUAUCAGGUGAGCGUGGACUCGGGUCCGGCCCUGACGCCCAACAGCUGCCCGUCUCACUGCGAGCCAAAGCCCGUCACCGGCCCCGAGGGACCGCCGGCCCUCCAGUCGAGCUCCAGUCCGAACCCGUACUGCCUCAGUGGCCCCGCCUCCUACUGUGAGGUAGCCACGCCCCCUCCCGAACCUGGCCACGCCCUCCCCGAGCUCUUCGCGGUCCCAGGUGACUUCUACACGUGUGUGACUGGCGUGACGGCCAGCGGGCAGCUUCAUCUGGUGCCUCACCUGCCCAACAUGCUGAAACACACACACACACACACACCCUACGUGCAGUUUAAGGAGGACGUGGACAAGAGCUGCCAGCUGGUGGCGCUGUUGGAGAAGCAGAAGGAGGAGCUGCAGGACACCGACCCGAGCGAAGCCGCCAUGCCUUUAAUACCUCAUUCAUCAGACUGAGCAAACCAGCAAACACUCAGGAUCUGCAGCGCACAAUCACACACACACACACACACACUAACCCGACCCCUAACCCUACCCAUCACACACACACACACACACACACACAUGUUCAUUUAGCAGUACUUGUGGGGAAUCCGGAUCGACGGAACGGUUUUUAUACUGGACAAACUAUAUAUUCUGUCCCCUUACACUAACCUUACCCAUCACACACACACACACACACACACACACACACUAACCCGACCCAUCACACAAAACUUUCUGCAUUUAAAAAAAAAAAAAAAAACUUUUUUAAUAUAUAUGUUUAUUAUCAAUUUUCCUUGUAAGGACCAGCAAAAAAUCCUCAGAAAGUAAUGAAUCUCGAGUGUUACUAUCCUUGUGGGGCAGUACAUGGCUAUACCCACACACUCACACACACACACACAUCCAGCAGCUGAACUCAAGGUCUAUCAGUGUAUUUUCACACGAGCCGUUGAAGCCAAACCCGCUGAUGUCCAGUUUCAGGAAACCAUCUGAAGCAAAACACACUCACACACACACAGACUAACACACACACACACUCAGAUAUUAACAAUCAUGUGAAUAUUUUUUCAACGGAGGACAGCCGAGUUCAUUCACUGUGAUUGAUGGGUGAUACCGUCGUCGGCCCUUCGCUAACUCGAAGCGUUUACAAGCCAUGAACACAAAAAUAUGCACAACAAGCACACACUAGAGCGAGUGUGGCGGCGAACGCCAGCGAUCUGGAGAUCAGUGUGUUUCUGAGACUCAUCAGGCUAAACAUGAAUUAAGCUGUUAUAACACGGGUGCGUCGUUUGCUGGAUGAGCGAGUGAUGAUGUCACGGAUGUACGGUGUGAUGAUGUCACGGAUGUACAGUGUGAUGUCACGGAUGUAAGGUGUGAUGUCACAGAUGUACGGUGUGAUGAUGUCACGGAUGUUAGGUGUGAUGAUGUCACGGAUGUAGGGUGUGAUGAUGUCACGGAUGUACAGUGUGAUGAUGUCACGGAUGUAGGGUGUGAUGAUGUCACGGAUGUACAGUGUGAUGUCACAGAUGUACGGUGUGAUGAUGUCAUGGAUGUAGGGUGUGAUGAUGUCACGGAUGUUAGGUGUGAUGAUGUCAUGGAUGUACGGUGUGAUGAUGUCAUGGAUGUGACUUUAUAAAAUAGUGUCAUACAUAAAGAGAGAUUCAUAUUAAUGUUACAGUAAUGUGAAGCUGUGUGUGUGUUUGUACGAUGUGGGUGUGUGUGAGAGCUUCUGUGGUGUGUGUGCACUGGUUGUAUAUGUGUGUGUGCAUUAGAGAGACUGAAGCACUGUGUUAUUUGUUCAACACUGUUUCUCUUUAUUUGCACCUGUGUGUCGGGAAACGUGCUCCUGCUUUUCCUCUCUGAUGAUGAUGAUUUCUCGUUGCCGUGUCGUGUCUGUGCCUUUAAUCGUGCGCUUUCUCCUGUAAAUGUACAUAAACACUCCUGACGCACUGAUCACAUGAACUACAGUUACACAUUAGAAAGGUUCUGAUAUUUUUAAAGAGAGAUUUAUACAGUAUUAAAUGUCACAGAAAUGCAGUAUAUAUUCUAACUAUAACACUUUUUUGUACAUUAGAAUAUUUUUGUGUGCUAUAUUCUGUAAGCUUUUGUUUCUGUCCUCUGUUUUGUCAUCUGUGGAUCACAUCCCCGUGUGAUCGAAUAAAGCCGUGAGCUGACGGACAGUGUGUGUGA